GGGCCGACGGUUCCCGAGGAACAGGUUCUGGCGGAAGUGAUCUCAGAUAAAGACACCAAAGAAAUUGUUCAAGCUCAGAUUAAUGAGAUAGAAGAUGGUAUGUGAAUCUUUGUUAACAAGACUUCGUUCCAAACUCGUCUCCGUUGCUCCAGGCCAACAAGAGCUUGUCACAGAUUCGAUCUCACUAGGUUUCGCACAUCUGCCGUCACCCCCAGUCUCCGAAGCAAAGGAAAGUUAUCCGGAGAAAGAUGAAAUUUUACCAGCUGAAGUGGACAUCUACUCCCUCAAAGCCAGGAAACCACCCAUAAUAGACUUCACUGAGGAUGAUAUACCCAGAAUUUCUGAAGCGUCGUCACUACAAGAUGUCAUCAGGGCAUCAAUAAUGACAAAGCUUCUUCACUGUCCUCAGACGCAAGAAGAGUGGGUUGAACGUCAUAUUCGUUCAAACCAGGCUUUCGUCCGUCCUCACACCAGCAGGACAUCAACAACCCCCGAGCAACUUCUUGAAGAGAUAAAUAGCGGAGAGUGUUUGACCCGGAGGUUGGAAACUUUCGUGUCAAGAAAGGAUGCUCUCAUCGAUCAUCUCCAACAACGGCAAGCCUCGCUUACAGCCAAGGUUAAGCGUCUUCAAGAAGAGUAUCUCUUUCUUCACGAGCGCUGGUUGUCACGUUGUCGUGUUCUGGAUGCACAGAACAAACUUUUACCUGCGGAGUUGGAGCCCCCCUUACCAUCUUCGAGCCGGACAACUCGUCGCACGGCUGCCACCUUGGGUGAUGCGGUCCGUUCCGACUUCGAGAUGGAGCAGAUCAUAGCUAGUCUCGGAAACGAUGAAGCAACCGAUCCCGCCCACUUAUCCUUGAAAAAUCAUGCCGUAAUACCAGACAUGAUCUCAGUUCUACGUGGGUCUGUGGACUAUGUUUACGAUGACACGAAUCUGUUGGUCGAGAAUCCUCUGGAGUAUUACCGCCCUCGUACGGGGAUGGAUGAUUGGACGCCGGAGGAGGAGCAGAUUUUCCAAGAUCGCUAUGCCGCCCAUCCAAAACAGUUUGGCAUUAUUGCGGACUAUAUUUCCAACAAAACGGCAGCCCAAUGCGUGUCGUAUUAUUACCUCCACAAGAAGCAGCAUAUCGACUUCCGGAAGGUCGUUUCGCAGCACGCGCCUAAGCGUAGACGCCGCCGAACAGGCAAGCAGAAAGCCAAUGCGCUGUUGACGGAUAUUAGGCAGCAUGAUGCUGAAGUAUAUGGCAAUGCUGAUGGGCAGGAGUCUACAGGAGGUCGUGGCCGAAGUAAAAGGGUUGCGGCUCGGAAGGUUCUGAUUGAGGAGACCCCUACGUCUACGCCGACACCAGAGCCGGAGCAAAAGGUACGGGCGAAGCGACGUCGAACGGUUGCCGUACGGUCUGGACUUUCUAUCAAUAAUGAGGAGGAGGGGGCCACCGAACGCAAACCCAAGCGAACGAAACGGCAGCGCAAGGUCAAGUCGGCGGCGAUUGUUGAUGAAUCCCAAGCAUCAAUUGUAGAGAUGAAGUUUAUUGAUCAGAGCGAUCCUUCACAGCGUCUGGUUACAUGUUUCACCCAGCCAUAUGCCUGACCCACGGUUGCAGAGCUUUUUCUGAAUCUGCUUGGCCAGUAUGGUGAUGAUUUCAAACGAAUUGCAGCCUCAAUGCCGAACAAGACGACCAUACAAGUUUGUAAUUUUCACAGAACUAAUUGUGAUGAGAUGGGACUCAAGACAGUCGUCGCAAGUGCGCCUAAACGUUCACCAAGUCCGGCGUCUGGCGAUGCUGGGGAGGGCGUGUCAUCAACUCGAGUUGAUAUAUCGGCUCCCAUGGCAUCCCUUGCCUCGGACAAUGUAGAAGGCGUACACCACCGAGAUCAAGUUACGACAACCGUCCCAGAUUACGUUCAUAUG